AGUACGUUUAGAAUGUUCCAGAAAGUUUACCAUACGUGUGUCAGUCGGUAAUAGUCUGCAGAGCAUGGAGCACACGAGAAACGUCCUCCUUUUCUAGCGGUGUUAUUUAAUUGUGUGCGUGCAUCUAAAUAACCACACACCCACACACCCUCACCUAUAUGUCUGCUUAUACUAAUGGAAAUAAACCCAAGUGAGACAAUAAGCAUCUUCGUCGCGUUUUGAUCAGACGUACCACAGUGAUUAAUUCAACUUAACCACACUAUCAGCUACAGUACAUUGGUCCUUCGAGCCGGAUUCAGUAAUUGCUGUGGAUUUAGAAGAUGUUUCCAGAACAGAGGAUCAGAGAAGGACAAAGGAGUGAUGUGCGUCCUAAACGUCGAAUACAACCUCCAGCCUGGUUAGAGGAUUAUGAGGUUUCUCUUCCUCAAUAUAACCAACAAUCUCCAGCUGUUCAUACAUUGCCUCAUCGAGAGUUACAGGAGCCUUACACUGAAAGGGUAGCCGAGAUGACCCCUCUCAUUUAUCAGCCACAAAGCGAUUAUGCUUUAAGGGCAGACCAGAGAUUCAUUAACCACUCAUUACAUAUGGGGCCAAGAUAUGAGAGCACACCUGUAACUCAGCCAGUCACACAGGAGGAUGUAUCGGAGAUUUUGAGAACAGUUCAGGAGCUUAGACGAGAAAAUCAACAGCUUCAGUUUGUCAUGCAAGAUAUGCAACAGAAAAUGAGCUUAAAUAGAGCACCUCCCCUUCAACAAAGAGCAGAGCCCUUGCCAUAUGACAGAACCCAAUCAAAGGCAAUUCCAGCCCCAUUACAUGAUCAUGAUGAAUGGCCACUACCACCUCCACCUGUAGUAGAUGAUGGGUUUCUCUCUUUGGCUGUGGAUAUACCACCCCCACUUCCGAGACACAUGUCUAAUUUUGUGGAUGAGUUAACAUCUCGACUCAGGAACUUAAAAACAAAGGAUCAUCUUCUCUCAUGCCCAUCAACCCCAGAGUACUGUGAACCUGAGAGUUUCUCCAUGGCAUUACCUCCACAACAAAGGACACGUGAAUACCCACUGUCUAAGUACCCUCAAACAACACCUAUCAGCAGUAAGCCAUUCUGUAUGGACCAUGAACAGCACCCUUAUUACCCUCAACAAGAAAGGAUGUACAGAGGCCCAAAGCCCACAAUCCCUGACUUUACUAAAGGAGACCCACGAGAAUUUGCACGACUGAAAGUCUCAUUGGACAAUCUUUUACCCGAGGAUUCUACGGAAAGGUUUAAAUAUCAAAUACUCCUAGAACACUUGAAGUUUGAGGAUGCUCUUCUCAUUGCAGACUCCUACAUCAAUUCCGCCAGACCAUAUUCAGAUACCAUGGCCUCUCUCGCAGAACAAUAUGGGCAGCCCCACCAGCUAGCUUUGAGGCGAAUUGCUGACUUAAUGGAAGAUCCUACCAUACGUAGUCAAGAUGCUAGUGCAUUCAAGAGGUUUGCAUUGAAAGUAAGAGCUCUAGUAGGCAUGCUGAACCAAUUGGGAGAUAGUGGCAGAGUUGAGCUUCAGUGUGGCUCACAUGUAACACGGCUGUUGUCCAAGUUGCCCCAUGACUUACGAGCAGAUUUCAAACGGUAUGUGUACCCCCUAAAUGUUCACAUCCCCACCCUGUUACACUUUGCAGACUGGCUUGAAUAUGAGCUGAAAAUACAGGCGAGUGGAUUUGAGUUUCUUGGUGGAGACCGAAGGGAACGUCCUGACCAGAGGAGAGACAGGAGUAAAGACUUUAAGUCCACAAAGACAGCAGCUGUAUUUCAUAGCACAGACCCUGCUUUAAAUACUACAGCUCCAGGAGAGUCCAGUUUGAGUGCUGCUAAAACUCAGGACAAACCAAGAAUAUUUUGCCCCUACUGCACAAAUACCCAGCAUUAUCUGAAUCAGUGUCAAAAUUUCAGCCAGCUCACCAAAGAACAAAAAACAAACUGGGUGAAAACCAAUAAGAGAUGCUGGCGUUGUGGUCGAGCUCAUCAGGCAGCACAGUGCAAUUUAAAGACAAGCUGUAAGGUCUGUAAAGGCAAACAUCUCGAUGCACUUCAUGAGCUGAAUGAAAGGCCAGUUUCUGAGAACACUUGUCUUGUCAACAACGCCAAUGAAGUUCUAUACCUAGACAGACCAUUAGGCUGCAGUCAGGUACUGCUAAAGGUUACCAAGGUAAUUCUUCGGAAUGGGGAACAUACCCUUGAGACAUAUGCCAUUUUGGAUGAUGGCUCAGAACGCACAAUCCUUCUGCAAGCGGCCGCCCAGGAACUGAAGUUACAAGGCAAACCAGAAAACCUUGCUCUGAGAACUGUCAGACAGGACAUGAAAAUCAUACAUGGUACUACAGUCUCCUUUACCAUCUCCCCUGCCUGCCAGCCUCACAAAGUCUUUAAGAUACAUAGAGCAUUUACUGCAGACCAUUUGGGGCUCGCUGAACACACAUGCCCAGCUACCACCUUACAGCAUAAAUACAGACACCUCAGGGGACUGCCAAUCCCAUCCCUUAACAGUGUUCAGCCCCUCCUUCUAAUUGGUUCUGACUAUCCCUACCUAAUCACUCCCAUCGAGCCUGUACAGCUGGGGCCUCCUGGCGGACCCGCAGCAGUGAAAACACGACUAGGCUGGACAGUCCAGGGGCCUACUAAGCUUGUGCGGCAUCAGCUUUUGACCCAGCAGUGUCACAACAUAUCCAUCUGUAGCCCUUCUAAUGAGCUGUUCAGACACAUUGAGAAACUCUGGCAACUAGAUGUACUGCCCUACAGAAGCGAGAAACUUGCAACCAGAUCUAAGCAAGAUCAAGAAGCUGUCGACCUGUUAGAGGCAAAGACAACUAGAAUUGAUGUCAAUGGGACACAACGAUAUGCCACACCCCUCUUAAGGGUUAAGGACAUGCCAAAAUUACAAGCUACUAAACAAGCUGUAAUGCCGAAUCUGCGCAGCACCGAAGCCCGCUUAGCCAAAGAUCCAAUAAAGUCAGAGGCAUACAGGGCUGAAAUUCAAAGACUGAAAGAAGCAGGUUAUGUGGUUGAAGUACCCGACCAGAAACUAUCGAAGAAAGAGGAAGAAUCAUGGUUCAUCCCCCACCAUAUGGUGAGCCAUAAUGCCAAAAACAGAGUUGUAUUCAACUGCUCAUUCUCAUAUCAGGGUAAGAACCUGAACAACCUGCUGCUGCCGGGACCAGCUCUGGGGUCCUCAUUACUUGGAGUGUUGCUGCGCUUCAGGGAGCAUGCUGUGGCCUUUAGUAGUGAUAUAAAGGGGAUGUUUCAUCAAGUAAGAUUACUGCCCGAGGAUAAGCCCCUACUCAGGUUUUUAUGGCGUGACCUAAAGAGAGAAGAGCUCCCCAAAGUCUAUGAGUGGCAAGUGUUCCCAUUCGGGACUACCUGCAGUCCGUGUUGUGCUACAUACGCACUACAAAGGCACAUUGUUGACCACAGUCAGCAAGGAGACAAUGUCCGCCACUCACUGGAAAGGUGUUUUUAUGUAGAUAAUUGGCUACAGAGUGUCGCAACUCCUGAUGAAGCUAAAGAGCUGGUAGACACAGGGAUGAAUCUGUUGGCUGUAGGAGGAUUCGAAUUGCGUCAGUGGGCAUGCAAUUUUCCGAAUGUCAUUGAACAUCUGUCAAAGGAAGCCAGAUCAGAAAGCAGUGAACGCUGGCUUAACCAAACUGAAUCCAAUCCUCAAGAACUCGCUUUAGGAUUACGAUGGAUGUGCCAGUCUGAUACUCUCGGAUACCAAACCCGCCUUGACAACUGUUCCACCCCCACAAUGAGAAACAUAUACAAGGUAGUAGCAAGCCAGUAUGACCCUCUUGGAUUCCUUGUCCCCUACAUCACCCGAGCCAAGAUCCUUAUACAAAGUCUUUGGGCUAAGCAACGAGAAUGGGAUGACCCCCUACUGCCAACUGAAAUUCUUCAAACAUGGCAUGAUUGGCAAGGGGAACUUCAGCAUCUUUCCCAACUGACACUGCCACGCUGCUAUGUGAGUUCCCAGUUGGAUUCCCUGAACUGUAAGCGACAAGUGCAUAUCUUCAGUGAUGCCUCUGAGCGGGCAUACGGAUCUGUAGCAUACUUGCGCUCAGAGGAUCUGAAGGGAAAUGUUGAGGUGCCCAAUUGGCUUCACUAUUAA